AACCUCAAACAGCAGUAUCUUUCUCCUACUACUACUUCCCUCCCUCCCUAUAUAUAAAUUUCCAGCUUCGUUUAUAUUUAGCAUCAGCCAUCACCGCAGUCCCCUCAUUCUCGGAAUCUUCUUCCUCGCAUCUCCAAAACCAACAAAACAAACACGAGAAGAAGCGAGAGGAAGCGUUGAUUUUUUUUUUUUUUUUCUUUUUAGACUGAGAGGAAACAAAACAGGGAAAAAAAAUGCAGGGACUUGUAGUGCGGAGGGUGUUGUCGGGAAGAAACUCUGCGAUUGCGCAGCGUUGCCUCUCUCAGGUGGCAUCGAAGGAGGCCUCUCUACCUGAAAAUGAUGUUUUCGUCCGGAAAAUGCCCCCCUUCGAUUACUCUCCUCCCCCCUACGACGGCCCUUCCGCCGACGAAAUCAUGGCGAAGCGGAAGGAGUUUCUCAGCCCUUCCUUCUUUCACUUCUACAAGAAGCCGCUGCACGUUGUAGCGGGGAAGAGGCAGUACUUGUUCGAUGAGGAAGGGAAGAGAUACGUGGACGCUUUCGGCGGGAUCGCUACGGUUUGCUGCGGGCACUGCCAUCCCGAUGUGGUGGACGCCAUCGUCAAUCAAACCAAGCGCUUGCAACACUCCACCGUCCUCUACCUCAACUCCGCCAUCGCCGAUUUCGCAGAGGCCCUCGCCUCCAAGUUGCCCGGCGACCUUAAGGUGGUGUUUUUUACGAAUUCUGGGACGGAAGCGAACGAGUUGGCGAUAAUGAUGGCCAGGUUGUACACAGGGUGCCACGACAUAAUAUCACUGAGGAAUGGAUAUCAUGGAAACGCAGCCGGGACGAUGGGAGCCACUGGACAGAGCAUAUGGAAAUUUAAUGUCGUACAGAGCGGAGUUCAUCAUGCCAUGAAUCCAGACCCAUACAGAGGUGUUUUUGGCUCAGAAGGUGAGAUGUAUGCAAAAGAUGUCCAAGAUCUUAUUGAUUUUGGAACUUCUGGAAAUAUUGCUGCUUUUAUAUCUGAAGCAAUUCAGGGUGUGGGGGGGAUUGUAGAAUUGGCCCCAGGUUACUUGCCUGCUGUUUAUGGUAGUAUUAAGAAAGCAGGAGGACUUUGUAUUGCUGAUGAAGUUCAGUCUGGGUUUGCCCGCACAGGGAGUCACUUUUGGGGCUUUGAAACCCAAGGUGUCGUGCCUGACAUAGUCACAAUGGCAAAGAGCAUUGGAAAUGGCAUUCCCCUUGGGGCGGUGGUAACAACUCCUCAGAUUGCAGAGGUCUUGACUCGCCGCAACUACUUCAACACUUUUGGUGGGAAUCCAGUAUGUACCGCUGCAGGACUGGCAGUUUUGAAAGUGAUCGAGAAAGAAAAUCUUCAGGAGAAUGCACUUGCUGUGGGGUCAUACCUGAAAGACAGACUACUUGUCCUCAAGGAUAAAUAUGAAAUCAUUGGGGAUGUGAGGGGAAGAGGACUUAUGCUUGGAGUUGAACUUGUCACUGAUCGCCAGCUGAAAACUCCUGCAAAGGCUGAAAUUCUCCAUGUAUUGGACCAGAUGAAAGAAUUGGGAGUGUUGAUCGGAAAAGGUGGAUUCUAUGGAAAUGUAUUUAGAAUCACACCUCCCCUUUGCUUCACCAAGGAAGAUGCAGAUUUCCUUGUGGAUUCUAUGGAUUACAUCAUGUCUAAGAUGUAAAGCCCUCCCAUCUAUAUGUGGAUGAAGAUGUCUAAAUUCGAUCGUUUACAAAUUGUACUAAAUAGUGGUGUAUGAUUUCGUCUAUUCUGUGAGUGAAAACUAUUACCAUAUAAAAAUACCAGGUAUCUACAUCAUCUUGAAUAAGUUGCUAUGAUCCUUAAAAAACAAUGAGUCAACUCCUCGUUGUCUCUCGGGAAAUCUAUUCGUCUUCAGUUUGUUGA